AUGAGUUACUUGAACGUGGCGAUGGCCGUGCUUAUAGGGCUAGGUGUGGUCGUAGUCGGUUCUCUCCUACUCUGUAGCAUCAUGUUCGUCACGACUAGGCACCAGUCGGCGAUCGAUCGUCGCCUCGUGGCCGUUGAGAACGGUCUGUCCGUCCAUAGCCACUUAUCCUCUGUACGUUCCUUGGCGUGUGGGCCUGAGCGUGAUUUGCCUCCCUCUGACCUCCACCCUCCCCAUCAUCCAUUAUCGAAAUAAACCCUUCAUUUCAUCAUCCAACUCAGGACGACCCCUCUGGCCCAACACCGCCUCACCUGCGACCGCGCGUCGACAACAUGGAUGCCGCCCCUGAGGUGGACGCCCCAUCGUCGACCCCUUAUCGCCAAGCCGAGCCCGAACAUCCUUUCCAGCCUCAACUCCCUUCCGAAUACCUCUUCGCCCGUUCCCGACUAUACCCAUCCCCUUCCUCCUCCCCCUCUGCACCAUUGCAAGGCUGCAUCCCUAUCCCACCGAGUUACGACCCGAAUAGGAGGCGAUUGCCCAGCUACGAAGACGUGAUGGGUGCCUCCGCCCCGGCAGAGGCGGUCGUCAUCUCGGAGGCGGUCGUGACGACUCGACGACGAUCGGCGGUGAUGCUCACGGGGAAUCGAGACGAGGUGACGACAACGAGAAGGACGACAAUGGUUGAACAAACGGGGGCGGGGGAAUCAGGUCGCACCAGUGGAGAGCUGAGUACGGACGAUUAUGGGCAGGCGACGGAUGACGAUGCCGAGUCGGUGAAAAGUGCCGAUGCGCCUCCGGGGGUCGACGACGAGGACGGCGUCGAGGACCCGAUUGGCGAGCUCAUCCGCCGAGGGGCUGCGACGGUGAUACAUCUGGGCUCGUGA